AUGGGUUCUGCUGCAAGUGGAAGUUUACCUGUAAGUUCACCACAGAAAAAUAUACUUGCAAAUCCAAACAGUCGACGAUUUUCAUCAGCACCACGAAAUGCUCCACCAUUGGGACGUGUCCCUAAAGAAGAAAAAGCGCCUGUUGUAUUAUCAACUAUAGUCAGUCUAUUUGGUUCGCCUUACCUCCUUGUCAUUUUAUGUAUCUUAUUAAUAACAGCUAUAUUACAAGUUGCUAUUGGAGCAUCCUAUAUAGAUCAGUGCCGGAUUCAACCUUAUAUACCUUUGUAUUUAAUCGUAUCUGGUGCAUUUAGCAUUGUAACAACUGUUCUUCUGAUUGCUAUGCAUUCAUCUGCUUCCUGA